AUGCCACCCAGAGCGAGCUUACCUCGUUCAAUCCAACUCCCUUCCAACAAACCAACAUGGAAACCUCCUAAACCACAUUUAGCAUCCUAUCAUCCACCUUCGCCCUCAUCUUCUUCUGCUAGUAGUACGAACCAUUUCAUACCACCUGUUUCACCUCAAUUACCAGCCAGGAGGAAACCAGCUUUCAACCCUGGUGGGUUCGGAUUACAAUCCUCGCCUAAGCCUGCUCCCGCUCCGGGCUCAUGGAAGGGUAAAGAGAAAGCCAGGGAGGCACAGCUGGAAGAGAUCAGGAAGAGGGAUGAGGAGAUCAGGAGAGACGAGGAGAGGCUGGAAGGCAGAGAGAGUAAGAAGGAUGGUAAAGAGGAAGCGGAAGCUUGCUAUGUCCCACCACCCGCUACACUCCAUUUUCACUCUACCAAAAACCUUCCACUCCUCUACUCUCCCCACCCCUUACCACCCUUUCAAAUAGCCUACGAAACGUGGGGUACCCUCAAUUCCGCUCGCGACAAUGCGAUCCUCCUUCAUACGGGUCUAUCAGCCUCUUCUCAUGUUGCAUCGGGUGGUAACGACGUAUCUUCCUCGACCUCCUCAAAACCAGGUUGGUGGGAAGAUUUCGUCGGUCCUGGAAAAUCAAUCGAUACAGAUAAAUUCUUUGUCAUCUGUACUAAUGUCCUGGGAGGAUGUUUCGGUUCGACUGGUCCAUCAAGUCCUUAUCCCCCAGGAGAUGGUGAGACAAGAUGGGCAACGAGAUUCCCAAUGUUAUCUAUCCAUGAUAUGACAAGAGCACAAUUUGAUCUUCUGGAUCAUUUGGGUAUAGAAAAACUGUAUGCUAGUAUUGGAUCUAGUAUGGGUGGGAUGCAGAGUAUCUCCAUGGCUUACAUCGCUCCUGAGAGGGUAGGAAGGGUGGCUAGUAUCUCUGCUAGUGGGAGAUCGGGAUUGAAUGGAGUAGGAAUGAGAUAUGCUCAAAGAAGUGUCCUUAUGGCAGAUCCGAAUUGGAAUAGAGGGUUUUACUAUGAUGGUGUACCUCCUCACAAUGGGAUGAAACUGGCAAGACAAAUUGCUACGAUCACUUAUCGAUCUGGACCAGAAUGGGAACAACGAUUCGGACGUCAGAUGCUCUCCGAGCAAGAAGCCGCGUUGGACUCAGAAGGAAAUCCAGAUGUACCUAGACUUAGUCCCGAUUUCUUGAUUGAGACGUAUCUCGAUCAUCAGGGCGAAAGAUUCUGUCUCACAUACGAUGCCAACUCUAUGAUCUACCUAUCCAAAGCGAUGGAUCUGUUCGACAUGUCUUCAACAGCAUUAACAUCCCUAGCGAAGAAAUUCAAUUCUGCUUAUCCCGAUUCCAACCCUUUCCCUUACCCUUCCGAUCCAGUCGGGAUCUCAAUCUCAUCCUCGAAAAACACCGCUCAACCUGCAUCCGAGCAAGAUAGAGAAGCGUUGGAGAAAGAAACCAAGAAGAAAUUGAAAAGAUUCAUACCCACCUCCAAAUCACCUCAUUUAUCAGAACUUUCACAAGGUCUCAAACGAUUAAAGGAUAUACCAGCUUUGGUAUUGGGUGUCCAAAGUGAUGUUCUGUUCCCCGUCGAACAGCAAAGGGAACUUGCAGAUGCGCUCAAGUUGACGGGAAAUGAGAAUGUGACGUACUACGAAUUAGGUGGGGUAUGGGGUCAUGAUACGUUCUUGUUGGAUGUUCAGAAUGUUGGUGGAGCUAUUAGAGGAUUCUUACAUUGA